AGUUGUUAUCGUAUUAACCUAUUCAAAUUUGAAUCAAAACAUGGAAUAAAAACAAAUUGAAACCAAGUAGAAAGUGUGUUGAAGUAACUUAACAUAAAGCAUCAAAUGUAGUCCAAAGAAAUUUUCAAUUCCAGAAAGAUUCGCAUUAAUCGAAAGAAUGACUUCCAUAGAAGAGACAAUUUUUGCAUUUCCAUCAUGGAAAGUGCUCAACGAUACAAUGAUAAUGCCUGAUGUCUUCAAAAAAGAGGAGUCUGUAACUAGACUUGUAUCAAUUAUAAAGUCCAGCGUGUUUGAAAAUACUUUCGUUCAUGAAAAAGAUCCUUCACUUUCAUUUUCUGAGUACCAAAAAAUAGCCAAUAUGUAUAAGUCUUUCACCACUUGGAUAUUAGGACGAUUUUUCUAUGCGAUGAGUGGUCGCAAGCUCUCUAAAAUACAUGAAUCUCUUAUAGAUGUACAGAAAUAUAUUUUGAUAGAGUUAUCAAAGACACAGCCAAAUAUGUAUAGAGAUAUUGUAAUUGAAUAUGGAAAAGCUCUUAAUACACUGAAAAAAUUCUAUUUGGAAGAAAAUAUUGAAAAGGAAGUUUUAGAGAUUUUCAUUCCAAUGGAUCAUGAGGAAUUUAAGAACAAAAUUGAUUUGAGUCCUAUAUUUGUAGAAAUCACAUCAAGGACCAUAUGUAUUAAUCUCUUAAAUAACAUCACUCAAAUAAUUCAACCUAUUGUAGUGGAUUGCUUCUUGUUUUAUAAUUUUGGAGAAGAAAUAGAGAGAAUUUUGAAUGAUUACAUGUCUCUUUUAAAUAGAGGUACUAUUAGUUUGAAGAUAAAUAUUUUAGAGCUAUAUGGUAUGAUUGUUGAGCAAUUGAAAUUACAUAGAAAUUUCAGCAGAAAUAUUGAGAUCAUUUUACAAAAGUUCUACUUAUAUUUUGAAAAUAUAGUUUGUGGAGUUUAUGAUGGAAGUAUAAGUUUGAAUGAGACUCAAUACUCUUUCUUAGAACAUGUGAUAUUGGUGGUAUAUAAAAAUUUUGAAUUUAUCAAAGAUGGAUCCUUUAAGAGCAAAAGAUUAACUCUCUCUUUAUAUAAUAUUAUGUUGAAGACGUCUUGUAAAUAUACUGCUUCUGAGCAGUUUUUAAGAGUGUUAGUACCUCAUUUUCAGAAAUUGAAUGUGGAUGUACAAGAAGAUUUCCUUAUAGAACAUAUAACCACACUAAACUUCUAUAAAAUAUGUUUGUUGAAGAAUAGAGUUAAAGAUUCUAUUUUGAAGUAUUGUUCUCAAUUGAAAUGUGGAAAAGAAAUCAAAGUUUAUGAAGAAAGUAUAAGCAAGGAAUGGAAUAUAUUCUGUGAGGUAUUCUUGCGUAAAAGUGAAGAAAACCACACACAUUUGAAUGAAUUUUUAGACUUUUUCAAUAAAUUAUCAGAAAUGCUCCUUGAAAUAGCAAUAGAAGUACAGAAUUUCUUAAUAAAUAACAAAUCUCUUAUAGAUGUUUCUUUGAUUUUUUUCAAGGAAGUACCUUUCUUCUUUAAUUUCAUAAAGAAAUUAUCAGAUUGUGUGGAAGUCAGUGUUGAUGAUGAGUUUCAAGAAUCGUAUUCAAUUUUUCUGGUUAAUUUCAUGCUCCUUUCAAAAACCAGAAAUUUGGAUAUUAUAUUUACGAUACUUGCUUAUCCUUAUUUGAUACCAGAUAUAUUUAGUAAUGAAAAUCAUUUACCAAAUCAACUCAUAGGAUUCACUGAUAGUUUCAGUUGUAAAAAAACUAUUCUGGAAUUAUACACAAAAAUGAGGAGGACUAAAUUUUCAAAAGUUCAGUCCAUACGUUAUUUAAGAUAUUAUUUAGAGGCUCUAAGUUGUGGAUAUCUACAAAACUUGAAUGGAAGUCAUAUUGAUGUUAUUCAGUUUGGGUUAUUAAAAAUUUGUAAUAACAUUCACAAAGCUUCAGAUGAAGUUGUUGAAGUUGAAAUAUUGAAUAUGAUUCCCCAUAUAAUAUCAAUAUUUUCAAGAUCAGAAUCAUAUUUCAAUGAAGUCUUCAUACCCAAUUUGAAUGAUGGUAAAGGAAGUAGAUUAGAAGCUGCGAUAUCUAUUUCAAAAACAAUUUUAUGUACCUCAUAUUGUGAUUACGUCAAAGAAAUUAGUUUAAAUGAUGCAGGAAGAUUAUCCAUUAAAAUAUAUUGUGAAAGAUGUGAUAUAGGAAUUAAAAACGCAACUGAAAAAGUUGAAAAAUUAGGUAAUUUUAAAAAAUUGGGAAAGGACGAUAAUCCAGCUCUGUUUUUGAAUUUUUGCCACAAUAAAUUUGAUGUUGGUUCUUUAUCUAAUGAUAUAAUAAGAAAAACUCUGGCAGUUCUUGAAAAACGAGAAGCACCUGCGAAGAUUUGUGCCUUACAGAUAUUGCCAACCAUUGCUAGUCAUGUACAUACAUUUGUUUCUUCUGAUAAUGUUAAAAUUUGGCUUGAAAAACUUGGAGAUAGUGAUCCCAAAAUAAGAUCAACACUAGCAAGGAAUAUUGGUUCUAUCCUAGAAAUUAGUCAGGACCACCCAAAAAUCUCUCAAUAUGACAAGAAUGAAUUUCUAGAUAAAGUGUUAGAAACCAUGCUAGAACUAACUAAGAAGUCAAUAAAGUAUUCAAAUUUCGAACUGCAAGAUGCUCUACUAACAUCGAUAAGGUCUCUUAUCGAAAUGAAAAAUGAACAUACCGUUUCACCUCUAUUUAAAAUCAUUCUUUAUUUUAUUAUGGUGCCCACAUCCAAAUAUUUUCCUAUAGCUAUCAAUAGGCUUUACUAUUUAGCAGAAAUACAUAAAAAAACACCAAUUCAGAUAUAUGUAUCUCAUACAAAAGCAAUCUGUGACACUUUGAUCCACUUGUGUGUAGUCAACUUUUUAGCACUAAAAUACAGAAUGAGUACAUCAUUGAAAAGAAUUUCAAUGAUUUUUGGAUUGGCUGUGAAAGAUUUUGUUACCAAAGAGUGUCAAUAUUUAUUACCGUUUUUGAUUUCUAAAAUUAAAACUUUACCAAGUGUCGAUAAACUUAUUGAAGAAAUGGCAGCUAUUAUGGAUGUUGAACUUCCCGAGCUUUUAGCCAGUAAAUAUGGUUAUAUAUUCAUACACACAUUUUUGAAUCAAGAAACAAGUGGAGUUUAUAAAGCUGUUAUGACGUAUGUGGAAAAAACAACUGGAUUGAGUGGGGAGAGUUUAAGAAGAAAAAAUUUUAGAGUUAUUUUAAACAACCUACUUCUACAUUUCCAUAAGAAGAACAAGGAAGUAGUCUUAGCUCUUAAACUACUUGUUAAGGAAGAUACUGAAAAAAGUACAACAAAUAUCCCAGAAUACCUGCAUUCACACUUCCUUGGAGUACUACAAUUUUUCCUCAACACUCUCAUUUCUGAUGAGACUGAUCACAGCGAAGCAUUAAUGAGUUUGUCACGAAUAUUUGACUUUAUGGGAUCCAAACAUAUUACCCCAUUGAGGUUCAAGAUAAUUUCAAUGCUUCAAACUGUCGAUUAUAAAAAAUACCCAGUAUUAGUUGCAGCUGUGUGGUUCACUUUUCUCAAAAGUUGCGAAGUAGAAAUGUUGGGUCCUCAACUAGCCACGAUAUUCAAAUCACUGCAACCCCUCAUGAAUUAUUGCGCCAAAGACAUAAACAAAAUUUACACUUAUUUGAUAUGUGAAAAUGAAACUAAACUGAGUGAUCAUAUUAAAGAUCUGUUUUUUAUGAAGAAUACAACCAUUUGCUCUUCGGUAUCUGAUAAAUUACAAUCAUACCUCUCUGAGGUUGAUGGCUAUACUUUCAAGCAGAAGAUCAAGUGGCUUUUGAAAUAUUUAUCUCAUGAAACGAUUGAAAUAAGGGUGGAGGGAAUGAAGGAAUUAAAUUUAUUAUUAGAAAAAAACAGGGAAGAGUUGGAUAAAAUGAUUCUUGGCUACAACGGUAUAGAUGAUGCUAUUGUAGAAUUGAUCGAUGUCUUAACAUUGAGUUGUCGAGAAAAAGACAAACAUUUAAAAUUGGCUUGUGCAGAGGUUAUUGGUGAAUUGGGAGCUUUGGAACCAAGUCAUCUUCCACGGAGAUAUGUCCAUGAUACUCGAGAAUUUUCAUUUUUUAUUUACGAAGACAAUUUCGUUAUAAAUGCUUUGAAUGAAUUGGUCAAGGCCCUUCAGGCGGAAACCAAUGCUGUGAACAUGGAUCGUACAGCUUUAGCUAUUCAAGAAAUCUUGAAAACAUACCAAAUUUCACCUGAUGAAAGAAGUAGCAAACAUUCAAUUUGGACACAAUUUUCAGAAGCUCAACAAGAAUUGAUGAAACCAUUAUUAUCCUCACGUUAUAUUUCAGCUUUGAACUCAUUGAGUUUCGAUUACACAGUGCCAAUAUUUGGAUCCAACUUGGGUUCUUCUUUUCAGUCAUGGCUCUAUAAUUGGGCCUGUAGUAUGAUUUCUAAGUUUCCAACUGAAAGGAAGACACUGCUAGAAGGUUGUCUUCCUAGCAUGAAAGAAGGAGAAAGAAUCCUCAUGCACUUUUUACCGCAUAUUCUGUUGCAUGGCCUGAUUGAAGGUAACUGUGAAGAAGCUGCUUAUGAAGAGUUUCAAGCAGUUUUAAGCUCAUUCAAUACUAAACAUGAAUUGGAUAGCUCUAUCAUUAACGUGGUGACUGUACCACUACCUGGUGCUAAUAUUGUUUCUCAGUCUGUAUCUCAGAAGGAGUUUUGGAAAAAUCAAUGUACAAAAACUGUCUUCAUACUUCUUGACUUCAUAGAUAGGUGGUUGAGAGAGUGGCAGUGCCUUAAGAGAGUAGCAGGCAGAAAUGAUCCUAAUUUCAAGAAGAUAAAGAACUUUUUCAGCAGAUUCUGUAAACUGCAACUGGCAAAAUGUAACUACCAAUGUGGAGAAUACCCACGAGCUUUGAUGUACCUUGAAGACUUCAUCACAGAAAAUUUGGUUGAAAUGACAGAUAACUUAUCAUUUCUAGCUGAGAUAUAUGCUCAAUUAGACGAGCCAGAUGGCGUUGCCGGUACCAUAGCUUUGCGUAACACUGAGCCGACAAUCGAAGAUCGAAUUUUAGCACUUGAAGUUUCAGGUAAAUUGGCAGAUGCAGCAGCGUGUUACGAAAGAAUUAAACCACCUCUAAAGUUUCGACAUAUUCAGGGAUUAAUGCAAUGCUAUUUGGACUUGGAUAAUGUAAAUACAGCUCUAAAUUUUGUCUACGGUACUUUGAAUACCUAUGAUUACUACGGAAAUAUGCUACUGGAAAUGCAAGCUGAACCGUUAUGGAGAUUAGGAAGUUUCGAUCAAUUAAACACACUUUUGGAGAAACCAGAACUCAAGAAUAACAAAAAUUGGGGUGUCCAAAUAGGAAGAGCUCUAAUUCAUUUCAAUAAAGGGGAGAGACAAAAGUUCAAAUGUACCUUAGAAUCCUUGAAAUUACAACAAGUAAAUUCCCUUGGAGCUUCAAGCUUAGAAGAAGGUGCUUACCAGCAUGGCUACGGCUACAUUGCACGAUUACAUACCUUGAAUGAGUUACAACAAGUGGAAAAAUGUAUUCAUAACUUAUUGGUUCAACAAAACGAUAAUAAACUCAUAGAAAAAGUUAUUAAUGACUUGAAAAGUGAAUGGGAAUUAAGGUUGAAGGUAGUACAAGAAUCUAUAAGGAUAAUGGAACCUAUUUUGUGUUUGAGGCGAGUGGCAUUAGAACAGGGGAAGAAAUUACUCCAGGAAAAGUUACCCAACGCAGUUCCUUAUAUAGAUGCUCUUUUAGGGGAAUGUUGGUUGCUUAGCGCUAAAACUGCCAGAUCUGCUAGAGUACAUCAGCAAGCUUACACUUACACCUUGAAAGCUGAAGAGUAUGCCCCAACUGAACUUUUUAUCGAAAAGGCUAGACUACACUGGCUUCGAGAAGAAAACGAACAAGCUAUGACGACCUUACGAAGAGGUUUGGACAAAAUUCUCCCUGGUAAUCAGAAGAAUUUCGAUUCUUUAAGUCUCGCACAAAGGAAACUUUGUGCUGAAGCAAGAUUAUUAAUAGCGACAUAUAAUGACAGUACCUCUAAUGUUGAAGCUGAUAUUACCUUACAAAAUUACAAGGAUGCUUUUGAAGUACAUAAAGGUUGGGAAAAAAGUUUGGUGUGUUUAGGUCAGUACUAUGAUCGAAGAUUCCAGGCUUUGCCACAGGAAGAGAGGGAUUCAAAAGCUAGUGAUGUGCAAAUUGUAAUGAUAAACUAUUUUGGUAGUUCCCUUCUAUAUGGCAGUAAUUUUGUUUACCAAUCUUUGCCUAGACUUCUGUCUAUUUGGUUCGAUUAUGGUACUAGAUUGCUAGAUGUUACACAACCCAAAAUAAGGGAAGAGAGAAAAACAAACCUAUUGAAGAUGACUCACUUAAUUGAUAAUUUCCUUCAGAAAUUGCCGGUUUACAUCUUCUUGACUGCUUUUUCUCAACUUGUUUCAAGAAUAUGUCAUCCUCAAAAAGAGGUUUACAUCGAACUCAAAUCAAUAAUUAUAAAAUUAUUGUUGCAUUACCCACAACAAACAUUGUGGAUGUUGAUUCCGAUCAUGAAAUCUAGCUACGCUAUGAGGGUUAAGAGAUGCAGUGAAAUAUUUAAUGAUCCAAAACUCAGAUCCCCUCCUAUGGUUGAUCUCAUCAAGGACUUCACUGCUCUAGCGGAAAAACUGAUAGAGUUGUGUAAUAAAGAUAUACCUAAUGACAUGUCCACAGUCUCGGUGAACCAUCUACUGAGGAGCUUACCAAGGAUGCUCAGUAAAAGUAAUUUCAGUGAAAUAAUGAUUCCUACACAUAAGUUUAGGAAACUAGUCCUACCAAAUCCAGAUUUCAAGAAUUCCGAUCAACAUAAUCCUUUUCCGAAUCAAUACGUUCACAUUAUUGGAAUACAGGAUGAGAUGACAAUAUUAACAAGUCUUCAGAGGCCACGAAAAAUUAUUUUGAAAGGAAGUGAUGGCAAAGGUUAUAUUCAAAUGUUGAAACCUAAAGAUGAUUUGAGGAAAGACUUCAGACUGAUGGAGUUUAAUGAUAUUGUUAAUCAGUUGCUUACACGUGAUGCCGAAGCCAGAGAAAGAAGACUGAAUAUAAGGUUAUAUUCCGUAGCACCACUGAACGAAGAGUGCGGACUCAUAGAAUGGGUUCCGAACCUUCUUGGCCUCAGGCCAAUACUGAUGGCUCUUUAUAACCAAAAUGGCCUUGGAAUGCGAAACUCCGAACUUAGACAAGUCGUCUGUGAUUUGAAGGAUCCCUUAUCGAAGAAAAGAGAUGUAUUUGUUAAAAGAUUGAUAGUACGACAUCCACCUAUUCUUGGAGAAUGGUUCAGGAGGAACUUCCCAGAUGCCCAAAGUUGGUUGACUGCAAGAACUGCGUUCAUUAGAACUACUGCAGUAAUGUCGAUGGUUGGUUAUAUUCUUGGCUUAGGGGAUCGACACGGAGAAAAUAUUUCUAUAGAUUCAACAUCGGGAGAUACAGUACAUGUAGACUUCAAUUGUUUGUUCAAUAAGGGUGAAUCUUUGGAAUAUCCUGAAAGAGUUCCUUUUAGACUAACACAUAAUAUGGUGGCAGCUAUGGGUCCUCUUGGUGUUGAAGGAAUGUUUAGAAAAUCUUGCAUUUGUACUCUUGGAGUGUUAAGAACAAAUACUACAACUCUUAUGUCUAUAGUCACACCGUUUGUGUAUGAUCCUUUGGUUUCUUGGCCAAGAAUACAAGUUCAAGCAACUGGGGCAGAAAGAACCAAUGAACAGGCCUUUGAACAUAUUAAAAACAUCGAACUUAGACUUCAAGGAGUUAUCAAGUAUAGAGGAAGGACCCAAUCUCUUUCACCGUUGUCAAUAGAAGGUCAAACGAAUUAUUUAAUCAAAGAAGCAAUGAAUAUUGACAAUUUAUGCCAGAUGUAUUAUGGGUGGGGAGCAUUUUUGUGAAAAUUCAUCCAUCUAAUUUAUGCUUUUUAUGUUAAACGUUAUAGUUAUUUAUUUUGUAUUGUCUUUUGUAAUAUCUAUAAUAAAAUAAUGUUGUCCAUU